GCGCAGCCCGCCGGCCGCCGGCAGCGCCAGUCAGCGCAGUGCAAGCGACGCGGACACACGUCACGCGCGCUCCGAGUCUGCAGCAGUGAAUGAGUGAAGUAUCCCAGCAUGCUGCACGAGACAUGGCCCCAUGCGUGGCAUAAGACGGAAUCCUUCGAGCUGGACGCGCUUUUUGCAGAGGUCAACAACAAUUGCCUGAAAGAAGGCGAGGCGGAGUGCGGCGCGGAGGGCAGCGGCGGCGACGCGGAGAGCCCGCCCCCCCUGCCGGCGUUCGGCUACGCCCCCGGCGCGCUGUCGCCGUCCCACUCGCGCAGCUACCAGGAGCUGCGGCCGGCACACGCGCGCGACAUGCAGGCCUACGCGCACCUCGAGGAGGUGUUCAAGCCGGGCGGCGGCUCCACGGACGGCGCCUACCUGCGCCGCAGCAGCCCCGACCUCAGCCCGUCGCCCGAGCGCCGCGACGACUUCCGCGCGCACUACGAGUACGCGCCCGCGCCGCCGCCCUACUCGCACGACCACCACCACCACGUCGACGGAGGAGGCGGCGGAGGAGGGGGUGGCGCAGUGUACUCGCGCUGCGCGUACGCAGGCGGCUCGCCCUACUUCGGCAACGGCACGGAGAUCAGCACACAACCUCAGAUUUGGCCGUCCAGUGCAGGCGGGUCGCCCAGCUACGGCGGCGGCGUGGUGCUGGGCGAGGAGUACGCGGAGGCGGCUGGCGCGGAGGGCGCGGGCGGCGCGGGGGGCGGCGGGGGCGCGGGCGGCUCGCUGCCGGCCUUCAGCGCGCGCUUCGGCGGCGCCUUCGCGUGCGCCACCUCGCGCCCCAACACCGUGUACGGCGCCGCGCCGCCCUACUCGCACCAGGAAGUGUGGAACCUUGAGAGCAAUCGCCGACCGCAAAUGUCAGCGGCUGCCAGUCUUUCUGCCAUCGAAAUGGCGGAGUUUUUCACGGAGGGGCGCGAGUGCGUGAACUGCGGCGCCAUCCACACGCCGCUGUGGCGUCGCGACGGCACCGGCCACUACCUGUGCAACGCGUGCGGCCUCUACAACAAGAUGAACGGCAUGAACCGGCCGCUGAAGCAGCCGCGGCGGCUGGUACGUCAGCGCCUGGCCGCGGCCCACGCGCCCCCGCACGACAUGGGCACGAAGCGGCCGGGAAUGUCGUGCACCAACUGCCAGACCACGACGACGUCGCUGUGGCGGCGCAACUCGCUGGGCGAGACCGUGUGCAACGCGUGCGGCCUCUACUACAAGCUGCACAACAUCAACCGCCCGCUCGCCAUGAAGAAGGACUCCAUACAGACGAGAAAGAGGAAGCCAAAAAAUAGUAUAAAAGCAGAACGAAGUAUCAAGGCGUCCGUGCAGCGCGCCGUCACGUCUUCGGGCGUGAAGAUCGAGAACCUAUUGGACAGCGGCGCGGCGGCCGGCAGCGGCGCGCGCUCGCCGCUCUCGCUCAACUACUACGUGCAGCACGCGCUCAAGGUGGAGGAGCCGCCGCCCGCGCACUCGGCGCACGCCGCGCACGCGCCGCACGCCUCGCACGUGACGCACGCCGCGCACGCGCAGCACGCGCACGCGCCGCACGCGCUCUACGACGAGGAGUACCGGCGCGCGGCCGACGAGCGCCUGGAGCGGCCCACCGUCGUGUCCAUGGGCAGCUGAGCCGCGGCGCCGCCCGACCACAUAACCUUAUAGAAUCUCAGUUGUUUAGAUACCUAGUUAGUGCCUAGAUGAUAGUGAGCGCGAUGACUCGCUAGUUGACCAAAUAGCACCCUGUACAUAUAAGCCGCAGCGCACUCGCGCGACCACUCCUGGUGUCGUACGAUUCGCACGUGUGCUGUAGUGAGCUGUUUUUAAUCGUGUGUUCCCACUGUUACCAAAUAAUAAUUAUGUAUAAUAAGCGAUGAGACUGUAUAAUGAAUCAUUCCUAAAGCAUUGCAUUCCUAGGUAGAUAGCUUAAUGUUUCUUUUAAAGUAAGCUAUGUCGCCGCAAAGAGGCUGUUUUGAAUGUAACACAGCUAAUUUUAUUUUAUGUUGAACGAUAAAGUUUAUAUUUUUAUAAAAUAAUCAAUUUUUAGUAAUGGCGUAUACUGGAAUCCGAUGAAUAGAUUUUUUUUUUUCAAAAUAUUAUGGACUUGGUUUGAAUAGGAGGCACGCGUCGCCUGAGCGACGGGUGGUGAGCGUCGCUCUAGUGUUAGUAUAAGUACAUUAGUAAAGAUAUUUUUGUUGACUCCAUGACUUCUAAAAGCAUUCCAAGAAUGAAUCCAAGUAGCGUAGUGAGUGUAGUGCGGUGACACCGGCGCGCCUGCACUGCUGACUACUGCAACAUCAGCAGUGCAGAGCGAGGUCGCGUGGCUCGUGGCUCAUCUGCAGCCACUACCUGCAUCAUGUACGCUCUAUGAACGCAUAGAUCUGAGGUACCUCUCUAUUGCAUAAAUCCGAAUUAUAUUAUUUUAAUUUUAAUAAGAAUUAAUUAGUUAUAUGUAAUUAUGUUAUUUUUUAUAUAAUGUCGACUAUUGUUGCAUGUUCAUUGAAAGUAAUAUAUAAUAAUAAUAAUGUGAAUAGAGUAUAAUAGGGUGGAGUGGGUAACCGCCGGCGAGUGCUGGCGGCGAGUAGAUCUGAUGCCUUGUCGCCAAAUAUAUUGCAUACAAAUGUAAGUAUAGAUACGUGAUGUUAUAAAUAUUUAUGUGUUAUGUGGCGCGUCCUGCGAGGCGUUCCUCUAGUAUAUACAUGUACUGUAUUGUGUAAAUAUUACAUAAGCGAUCAGAUUGAAGAACGCCUUGAAUUAAAGGUACUUUGAAGCUCAA